GUGGAAAAUAGUAACAAGUUACAUAAUUAGAUAAAAUACGAGUUGCAUGCUAUCAACAUAUUAUCCUAAGUAUUUGAGAUGGAUUUUUUUUUUUUUUACAAGAUGUUAAUUAUGGUGCCGAUUAUUCAUGAAAUAUACAAUGCAAUUUAAACCAAACCUGAAGAAACGAAAAAGCGCGUAAGAUAGGUCCUUAAUAAUAUAAUAUGGUCGUUCGCAAGCAGUGUGCGAAAGAAACCAAUUAUUCGGUACCAGUACUGUAACUUGACCGUAUUUUAACAUUCAUUCAUGCUUGACAGGUAUUAAAUCAGGAAGGAGUCCGGAUAAAUUGACAGCUAUAACAAUGUAGGAACUCAUAAGUACAGGAUACUAGUGGAACUUACCAAAACAUAGGCCUACAAAAUGUUAUUCUUCGAUGCGAUACCGACAACAGUCGAUAUCCAAACAAUUGUUUUGUUUUUCCUAGUAUUGCUAUUAUCAUUAAGACUUCUCAAGUCUAACAAGCUACCACCAGGUCCUCGUGGAUGGCCGAUCAUCGGUUCUAUCCCGCACAUCGACAAGGAAUCGUAUUUGACUUUCGACAAAUGGGCUAAAGAGUAUGGAGACAUAUACACUGUGAAGUUAGGCUGGUCUACAGCUGUGAUGAUAAGUAGCUAUGAUGCUAUAAAAAGUACGUUGAAAGAUCAAGGAGACAAGUUUGCAGACAGACCUCUUUUACCUAUUGUAGAAUUAGGCAUCACGAUACCAGGAAGUCUGGUUUUCGAUAAUGGCCAAGCCUGGAAUGAUCGACGGCGCUGGACCAAUGGAGUUCUACGUAACUUUGGUCUUGGGAAGAAAAGCUUAGAAAGUCGGAUAAAUAUUGAAGCAGAUUACUUAUGUCAAGAAAUUGAUAAGAACAGUGGUUCAUUCAAUCCAUUACACUGUGUGAAUAAUGCAGUGUCCAAUAUCAUCUGCUCUAUCAGCUUCGGCGAUAGAUUCGAGUACAGUGAUCCCGAAUUUAAAGAACUUUUAGAGGGGCUGGGUUACUUGCACACACGCACUACUUUCGUGGCCCCAGUAAACGCCAUUCCUUUGCUGUUUUACACACCAAUGUAUAGUCGAUAUCGUGAUGUUGUAACAUUUAUGAAAGCCUUCAUUAAAGACAUUAUACAUCAACAUCAUGAGACGUUUGAUUCUGGUGAUAUUCGUGACGUCAUUGACGCAUACAUUGCGGAAUCUGAGAAGGAGCAUUUUGAUCCAGGUUUGUUUUCAGAGGGUUUACUAUGGCGAAUAGUUUUAGAUCUGUUCGGUGCUGGAACAGAAACUACAACUACUACUAUUUUGUGGAUGAUUCUGUAUUUGGUAAACUACCCGGAUGUUCAAAAUAAGUUACAACAAGAGAUCGACGAAAUUCUAGGUCAGGAGAAGCGACCGGCUUGGGACGAUCGUCAUUCAAUGCCUUACUUAGAGGCUACAAUAAUGGAGGUACAGCGGCUUAGCAACGUUAUCCCGAUUACGUUACGAUCUACUACCGAAGACAUUGAAAUAAACGGCUACAAGAUUCCUUCUGGUUUUACAAUAUUCGUAAACCUAUGGAGCGUACACCAUGACCCUGACCACUGGGAAAGACCUUUCAACUUCGAACCGGAACGGUUUUUAAUGGACGACUUAAAAACUUUUAGGAAGAAACAGGCUUUUAUUCCGUUUGGCACAGGUCGAAGAGGAUGUAUUGGUGAGCUUCUGGCUAGAAUGGAACUUUUUCUAUUCACUGCCAACCUCAUUCAGCGGUUCACAUUUAAGGUUCCGGAUGGUAAACCGACUCCGUCGUUAAAUGAGUGUGUACCUGGUUUAACCCGGUCACCUAAGCCAUACGAAAUAUACGUUAUUAAACGAUGAAUGAUUCAUAGACUGGUUUCAUUUCCAGAUUUACGAUAGAAUUUGCUUGUAUAUUAUGUAACAAAAUCAUGUUACUAGCGAUUACAUUAGAAAUCUAACCACAACAAUAGAUUAUAGCAUAUAUAUUUUGAAAUAAUAAUUUUAAGGAAGGGCUCAGAGACAGAUAAAAUCGGAAAAAAUAUAUACAUUUAAGUUCAAACGGUUGGUCAAAAUGGUAUAGGCCUAAUAUACUGUACGUUGGUAUAGUAUGACGUCAUUUCUAUUCAAUUUUCAGUAGCGGAAUGAAAAUUGUUUGCACUUUAUAAUUGACUAUAAACACGUCUAAUUUCAAAUAGGACUUGGUAGUCAACCAAGACAGUGUAAAAAUUAAUAUAUUAUAAUUGAGACGUAAUAAUAUACAGAAUUUAGCUAAUCACACGUACAGCAUGACCUUUGGAAGUAUCAUAUACUAAUUUGAGUUCGGAAAAUGUGCUUGUGCCGAUUUAACGUCCUGACGCGUGCACAGCUCUGGGAGAAAUAUAUCGUAGCACCUUUCUUUCAAAUGUCUUACCAUUAUUGGAAAAUUGUUAGGCUUGCAAAUUGUUGGCUUGCUUGUUUGUUCUGUGCAUUGUUUUGCCUGUUCUUGACUAAUUUCUGAAUAUUUUUUCUUACUAAUAUUAUUACUACUGAAGUUUAAAAUAGUCUGGGAGCCUAAUUAUUGGCCUUGGCCUCCUUGGAUCCCGGCACUUGCUUGUAGGCCUACUAGUGUAGUAGUUAAGUGAAUAAAGUGUCUAAAGUCUAAAGUUAUGAAAGUUAAGUUCCAAGGAAAUUAUAAAGAUGUGAAUUGAUAAAACAAAUUGGAGACAUUAUUUGUUUUAAAAGAAGGAAAUGAAAAUUAAGAACGAGAACCGAGAUCGAUGUUCAUGCAUUGGUAUAGGCCUAUAUGUGAAUGUUUGUUUUUUAAAUGAUUUGAAUAAAAAAAUAUAUUGACAAA